AUGUCGACAACUACUACCUCGACGACUACCAAGACCACCUUGGCCAACCCGAACUUGCACGGUCAUGGCCGCAUGCGACUCGAUGGCACCGACAAGCAGUUUGGUGACUGGCGCGAUGAUCUGGCCCGCGAUGGCUACGCCGUGGUCAAGGGUGCUAUCCCCCGCGAGCGGGCUAUGAAGUACGCUGAUCAGAUGUACUCUUGGCUCGAGAGCUUCAACCUGGGCUACGACCGCAAUGACCCUUCCACCGUGCACAAGGACAAGCUGCCCGUGAUUAACGAAAAAGGCAUGUGUCUUGCAUAUGGUCUCUCCCAUGAGGAUUUUGUCUGGGGCGUUCGUUCCGAGCCUGGUGUCGUUGGAGCUUUUGAGAAGGUCUAUGACGACGAGGAUCUCAUUGUCUCCUUCGAUGCUAUCAACUUCCAAUUCCCCAACCGCACCGAUCUUCCACCCAACAAGCCCUGGCCUCACCAGGAUCAGGAUCCCACCAAGCACGGCUUCCGCUGCAUGCAGGGUUUGGUUAAUCUGCUCCCCAACGGCCCCGAUGACGGCGGUCUUAUCGUCUGCAAGGGCGCCCACCUUCUCUCCGAACAAUUCCACCACGACAACGCGGACGAGGAGCGCAUCCCCGCGUGGACCCCGGAGUGGUUUGGCUUCACCGACCGCGGCAUGAAGUGGCUGGCGGACCACGGCUGCGAAUGGACCAAGCUCACUGCCGAGCCGGGCGAUCUGCUCGUUUGGGAUUCGCGCACUCCUCAUUAUAACCUGAGCCCCAAGCGUGAUCAGCCUCGCUUUGCCAUCUACACUUGCUUCAUGCCUGUUGCGGACGCCACGCAGGAGGAUCUGCGCCGCAAGAAGGAUGCCUUUGACCGCCGCGUCGGUACCACUCACUGGCCCAACGCCAGACACACUGGUUCAAAUGUUGCCCAGCGUGAUGGCAAGCCUGAUCCUCACAAUCGCGACCGCCCUGUGAAUGAUCCCAAGCUGAGUGAGCGGGCCUUCAAGUUGACGGGUAUUCCCUAUAUCAAGGAUGACUCUGCCACUAUUGCUCAGACCACCGUGGUCGCUUAA